AUGAAAUCAAAUGGGCUUGAACGGAGAAGAAGAAAGCGAACCGGACCUCACAUAUGUGACCAGUGUAACAAAUCCCUCACAACAUCUAAUUCUUUAAAGAAUCAUCAGCGUAUUCAUACUGGAGAGAAACCGUACAGCUGUGACCAGUGUGGGAAAACCUUUGCUAGGAAAAGCAACCUUUCAGCUCAUCAGCGCAUUCAUACAGGAGAGAAACCGUACAGCUGUGACCAGUGUGGGAACACUUUUGCUCAGAAAAGCAGCCUUUCAACUCAUCAGCUCAUUCACACUGGAGAGAAACCACACAGCUGUGACCAGUGUGGGAAAACCUUUGCUAGGAAAAGCAGCCUUUCAACUCAUCAGCUCAUUCACACUGGAGAGAAACCACACAGCUGUGAAAUGUGUGGGAAAACUUUUGCUCAGAAAAGCAGCCUUUCAACUCAUCAGCUCAUUCACACUGGAGGAAAACCACACAGCUGUGAAGAGUGUGGAAAAACGUUCACUUCAUCAAGUUAUCUCUCAGUCCAUCAUCGUAUUCACACAGGAGAGAAACCAUACUGGUGUGAAGAGUGUGGGAAAACGUUCAUUUCAUCAAGUGGUCUCUCAGUCCAUCAUCGCAGUCACACGGGAGAGAAACCAUACAGCUGUGAUCAGUGUGUCAAGUCAUUCACUACAUCAAGUCAUCUUCAGAGCCAUCAUCGUAUUCACACAGGAGAGAAACCAUACUGGUGUGAAGAGUGUGGAAAAACCUUUUCUCAUGGUUGUAGUCUUAAAGCCCACCAGCGCACUCACUCUGCCUCCAUCUGAUCCUUUUCUGAGUCAAGCUAGCAUUCCUCCUGCUUUUCUCCAAAUGUAAAGCUGACCAACAGUGACUUUACGUUCUAAUAAACAUGUUUUUUAUGGACUACAUUCAGACCUCCCAAAACCCUGCUGUCCUCACACACUUAGCUCUAUAUGAGAGUGCUCUGGUUAAUGAAAAUGUUUUUUGAUUUCGAUAAAGCAGCCUUAUACUGUUGCUGCGAUGCUGAACGUAACAAUGAUCUGUCUACCAGCAGCCUGUGAAUGAGACGUUUAGGGAACAUCUGUAAAUAGAAGCAUCUCUUGAUCUUUUCCGUACAUUUCUUAAUAUAGUCUUUAUGUAUAAUACUUCCUAAUCAAUUACCCGUUGUGUGUAGUUGCAAUUUUAGUGAGCAUCGAGUUCAGAAAGGUUCUUGCUAUGUUU